UGCUACCCGUCAAGAAUGAUAUAGUUUUGAGGUUGUAUAGUAGUUUUGACUUUGUAUUUAUAUACUAUAUCCAGGCGACUGCGUAUAUGGCACAUCUUUAUCAUUUCUAGGUUUUAACACGAGUAAAUCCAGUGGUUAUAACGCAAACAACAGUGUGUGCCGUCCCGUGCUAUAGUUUAUGUGUGCUGAGAAAUCUCUGGAGUCAGUGCUGGCACGUCUGAAUAGGCACACCCACAAAGGUUGAUGCAGCAGAAAUAGCUCGACUGUCAGACUCUGCUGUCUUCGUACUUUUUCUAUGCAGGAUAUCUUUUAAUGCCAGCGAGAUUUGUCUAGUUAGUUGCAGAUAUGUAGACCUGUAAUCCACUCCACUGUGGAGACAGAUGUAGGAGUAAAUGGAAGCUGUAUGUCACGAUGCGAAUUUACAGCAUUGAGGCAUGGUUCUGCUUGUAAUAUCCUCUCAUUUUCCAAGCAGAUCUGUGGUGAUGCAUUGAGGAGGCAGUAAUGGAGAGCACAGACCAUUCCACUGAGGGCGACCCCUUGAAGAGGGGAGAAGAUGGGGCAGAAACAGUAACUGCACCAUCAGCAACAGAGCUGAAGAAGAAUAGUUACCCCAAUAUCUAAUUACCUGGAACAGAACUUUCUCUGAAGCAGCAACCUAUGACUUCCUAGCUAUUGAGCAUGCAAGCAGUGACAAGGUGAUGGAUGUCCUUUUUCUCCUCAAAAACACAGAAGGCACGCAGAACAAAUCAUGUGCUGAUAAAGGUCUGCCUUCGCCGUGUGUGUUUGUGGUAGCAGUAGACGGCACAGAUGGACACACACUGUGGGAGAGGGCACUGGAUCCUGAGUUUCACUGGGCCCAGUGUGGUAUGGACGAAGACACAGGGACAGCCUGGCACUGUCUGCUGUCCCAUUUGAACAACAUCACGGCCAUAAACAAAUACACAGGUGACAUCAUUUGGCAGCAGCCUUGGCCCACUGGUCUGCAGAGUUCUUUGCCAGUUCUUAGUGUCCCAGAUCAGGAUGGGGAUCGUGUCAAAGAUGUGGUUUUGGUGGCAUCUGACUACACACAGACUCAGCUGGUAUUGCUCUCAGGGCGUCUGGGAACCCAGAUUGGCUCCACUGUGAUUCUUGAUUUCACAAACGUAACCAGUCACCGUCUCCAUAAAGUGAAAAAUGGUUCUUUAAACAUACUACUCCAAAAAGACACCGGCGUGUAUGGACUGGCACUGUUGACUGUUGCUGCCAAGGCUAAAGCUGGGAUGAACGCAGACCUCAAAGACAAAAAUGCCAACACCGCAGAUGGCCUCGUACCCAUCUUUGAGUCUGAGACGGUGAGAAUGCUCAGAACUAAAGAAGCAGAUGAUUCUUCCAACCUGCUGGUCAUGACUCAGAAGGGCGUGGUGUUAAUCGAUGGAACAAAAUUACAGCUUCAGUGGAGAUUCAACACCAGCUCAGUCCCCAGCCAGCCCUCCUUCGGUCACUUUAACAAAGAUGGUGUCCUUGAUGUUGUGGUUGAGGAGGAUUUAGGCAACAACACAAAAAGGAUAAUCAUUCUGGAUGGGAAGUCUGGCGGUGUACUUUGGGAAGUAAGUCUUUUGGCUGCUGCUAACUCACCGAGAUCUGCCUCAGUGUACACCACCAACUCCUUCUCAGUCUUUAUGUUUUGGGGUUUGCUGCCUUCAGAGUUCAACUCAUCUGAAUCAUUCAAUAGUGAUCGACGGUUUUACAUGCUUCACCCUCUCUAUUCCAACGUUCUCCUCGAGUACUCCAGUGUCAUGGACCACAUUAUAACAUUCAAAGCCACACUUAUGGAGCGUGGCCGUCAUGCUGCCUACCUCCUGCUGAUGGGUCCUGAUAAGGGUGCUGAAGGCACUGUUGUCCUCAAAAAGCGGAAGCUGAAGCAGGAUGUGCCUUUCUGCAAAGUACUCCAGAUUGGCACCAGCGGAGCUUCAGAGACCAGUGAGGACAUCAAAGAGGCCUUCAGCCGACUUCGUUUCAGUGACGAGUGAAAGGAUCAUCUAUAACAUGCCCCAGUACAAUUUCAAUUUUGUUGGCUUGCAGAGACUUUAAAACCAAAUCUUGUACACUAGUUUAUUAAUUUACAGCUGCUGACCACCAAAGAAAAUCCUUUGUGUUUAAAGGAAUUACGCUUGACUUUAUUUGACAGGGUUCUACUUCUGAUCUUUACUGGCCUACAUGGGCAUUGCCUGUAUUCAGACAUGAUUUUAUAUUUACUAUCAAAAAUUUAAGGAGUUGCUGUUCACUUUCACUCCGCACAGAUUGCUGUUCUACUGCUUGAAAAGUUGAUCUAAGUUGCCUUGUUAUUUCUAUUAUUUCUAGCACUUUCAUGCAUCAAUGCAAGGCUCUCCUUGAAAUUAAGAGGCUGGAUUAUAUUUUGGAUCUAUGCAACUAUGUGUUAAAGAUGGCAGUUAGUGUUUGAGUAUUUCAAAUUACAGAAGCCAUAAAGCAAGUGCUAGACAAAGCUAGUUUAGUUUGACAAUUACUAAAACUAUGUUAAACCAAUAUAAAUACUCAAAAGCAGUCAAAAGGCUGAACACACCCACUCAAUGAUUUGAACUCAGUAGGUGUGUUUUUGGGCCGCGACUUUAUAUGUACUGAAACCUGAAAUAUGACAUAUUCCCACGACUUAAAGGUAUACACUAAGUGACUCCAUUUGUUUUUAUGUGAACUGUUUGUGAAAGUGUUUCGAUGUCAGUCUUGUCGUCAUUGAUGCUGUUGUUGACCAUUAAGACAUAAAUGCUGGUUAUGUACUUUAAUCCAAGAUGCUGUAACUUGUGGAGGACGUUUCCUAGACAUGGUUUAAGGUUAGACCUGGAGUAAAAGAAAUAUAUUCAAAAAUUUCCACUGAAAAGGGGAAAAAAAGCCUCUAGUCUAAGACUAGUUUAAUCCAUGUUUAGGAAAAUUACAUAUAAUGUUCUUUAAUGUCAUGAUUUACUGAUUAUACAUCACUAAAUGCUGAAUCUCAUCGGUUUAGUAAUGCUAAGUUAUUGCUGGGGGCUUUACAGCUGUUUCUCCCCUUCAGUGGUUUAUAUUAGCCAAAUAAGAGGAAAUCACUUCACUUUUUCUUUAACAUUAAUAUAUAGAUCCUGUGGAACAGGCUUUUAUUGGUAGUGACAUGACAAAAUGUUUGGACUUGAGGAAUAAACUUUUUUUUUUCUUUUAACUUUCUGUGAUACCCAGCUGGUAAUUGUAACAUGAUGGCGAUCACCUUCAUUUUGUCCUUGUUAAACAAACCCAAAUAAAGAAGUACAGAAAAUAA